CGGAAGAGGAGCGCGCGGGAGAGGAAGGUCGCGAGUAGGGACUCUUGCUCCUUGCUGCUCAAGAAAUGUCUUCACUUUCAGAAUAUGCCUUGCGCAUGACUCGUCUGAGUGCCCGGCUGUUCGGUGAAGUGGCCAGGCCUACUGAUUCCAAAUCCAUGAAAGUGGUGAAACUGUUCAGUGAGCAGCCUCUAGCCAAGAGAAAGGAGACUUAUGACUGGUACCCAAAUCACAACACUUAUUUUGCGCUCAUGGGGACUCUACGUUUUCUUGGCCUCUAUAGAGGCGAGCACCAGGACUUCAGGGAUGAGCAGUUGCGUCUAAAGAAGCUUCGUGGCAAGGGGAAACCAAAGAAAGGAGAAGGGAAAAGAGCAGCAAAAAAGAAACAGUGUUGGUCCAUCAGGAGAACAAAGUUCUUUCUCAGCAACUGACAGCAGAAGAAGGUGUAUUUAUCUUUCCACAUAUUCAAGGAAUGUAAGCUUCCGAAGUUGAAGAUUAUUUGGAGGAACACAAUCAUUUCUGUGUUGAAGUCCAAUCCAGUUGAAUUGUGACUGGUUUCCUGGACACA